CCGAGGGCUGGGCAUCCUCCCCGCUAUCUGGUGGCAUCGCCAGCUGCAGGCUGUUUGCACAUCCCGGCGUCCCGCAUCCUGCUCGCAAACAUCGCCGGCAGUUCAAACAAGGGUGGUGUGGGUGACGCAUGGCAGAGCCGGGUGCCAUCCCUUGGCUGGGGACAGGGGCAGUGCCAGGGGGGUCGGACCCAUGGCCCGGCCUCUGGUCGCAGGGAUGCCCUGGCCGGGAUCGGGGAUUCACCCCCGGGGCUCACCCGCGCCAGCCCCCGGGCAAUCCAGGGCUGGCCCAGCGGGCAUCCUUGCCAGGUGCCAGGCUGCUCUGGGCUGGAAGAUUAUAUCUGUAUCGUGGGAGCAAUUAAUGAUGAUUGCAGGGUGUUUAUUGACCAACUAGGACAGGUUCUUCCUGUCUGUUUAUGGAGACAUGCAAACUGAAGAUCUGGGCAAUUUUCCAGCAAAGUGGGGGGGAUGGAGGGGGGUCAGCAGUAAGAUUUUUAUGGUGAGAAUCACCUGAGGAGGGCAAACAGAUGCUGGUGAGCACCAAGCUAUAAAGGGCAGCUCCUCUCCUCUCCUGUCCCAGUGACCCACGACCAGCCACUAUUUCUCACCAUCUCCGGACAACAGGUGAGGAAGAGGACUCUCACAGGGCAGCUGGGGCCUCGGGAUGCUCAGAGCUGGCCCACGGGCAAACAGGAGCUGGUCCCUCUCCUCGGCAGCCCCGGGGCUGAGCUCUGCCCUCGCUGGAUGGGGCAGGCUGUGAUGCUGCAUUUUUCAGCCUGCAUUGACUUUUGUUGCUGCUUCUUUGAUGGGAAGAUGAGCUGAAUCUGCAAAUCGGCUCCAGUGCCCAGGGAUUAGCCCAGAUAAAAGGGAACUGCGCUGAUGUGGCCGAUUUCCCUCCCCAGUCUGGGCAGCGCUACGAGCUCGGGGCGUGAAAACGUCGCCGUGCACGCAGUGCCUGCAGCCCCACCUGUGCCAUUGCCUCGCUGGGGUCCUCCGACCUGUGUCCCCACAGAGCAGCUUGGCUCUACCGGACUGGUGAGACCCGGACAAUCUGCUGCCAGUGUGGGCUGGAGGCUCCAAGCCAUGCCUGGGGCACGGGGUGCAGGCAUGGGGCAGUGACCUGUGCCGGGGGGCAGAGAGAGAGCCACAGCCUGUCACCUCCUCCAGGCGGCUCAGAGGGGCCAGGCUCAGCCCACAACCGGGCAGGUUUGCACUUUCUGGGCACAGGUAGUAGGGACUUCCUCUGUCCCCAAGGGACCUUGUGUGACCCUCCCGAGCCUUUAUAGGGAGCAAGGAGGAUGGAGGCAUCAGCCAGACUCGCCCUCCUGCUGCUGGGCUGCGUGGGGCUCCUGCAGCCAGUCGACGGCAGGUACAUAAACUACUGCCCCGAUGGCUGGUCCUACUACAAGCUCAGCUGCUUCAACUACUUCCCUGUGCCCCGGACCUGGGACGAGGCUGAGAGUUGGUGCCAGGAUGUCCAGAAAGGCGCCCACCUGGCCUGGGUGGAGGAUGCCAACGAGGCAGCCACCCUGCAGAGAACCAUCUCCUACUACCAGCGUGUGCAGCCCAUCUGGAUUGGACUCCGAAAGAGUAAACAGAGCCAGGCCUGGCAGUGGACGAGUGGGACGGACUACAGGGCCACCAGGGAGAUGCCUGGGAACGGUGCCCACGGGGGGAGCUGCGCCGUGCUGACCCAUCAGAGCGGUUUCUCCGCGUGGUCCGAUGCCGACUGCUCCGAGAAGCAUCACUACAUCUGCAAGUUCUACCCCUUGCACUGAGCACAGCCCUGGCCCGUGGGGGACCCUGCGCUGGCAGCGUUCCUCCUGUGCCAACCCCGCGUCUCUCCCCGCAACUCCU